AUGACGACCAAGCCACGACUGACGGACGCGCAGCGGACGGAAGUCUAUGUGCGGCUCUCGUUGCUCAAGUCGAACGGCCGCAUCAAGCAAGGAGGGCUCAAGCCUCUGUGUGAUGAGUUCGGGGUCACCAAGAUGACCUUGUCGAAGAUCUGGCGGCGAGCAUGCGAAACGAAGGCUGCAACCGGUGUCGCCGUGGUCAAUUCUUUGAUCAAGUCGAACAGUGGCCGCCGUGCCAACCGGGACCUUGCCAAUGUGCGCGCACAGGUAACAGCAGUGCAUGCAUGA